GGAGCGGUGAGGAGGAAGAAGAAAAGGAACUUGCUAGCUAGCUAGCCGUCUUAGCAAUCUUCUGGUUUGAAGCGUUUUGAUAAUGGCGCCUUUAGACCUUGAUAAGUACGUUGAAAUAGCGAGACACUGCAAAUACCUUCCGGAAAAUGAUCUAAAGAGAUUAUGUGAUUAUGUUUGUGAUUUACUGCUGGAGGAAUCAAAUGUUCAGCCAGUCUCUACUCCAGUUACUGUUUGUGGAGAUAUUCAUGGUCAGUUUUAUGAUCUUUGCGAGCUCUUCAGAACUGGAGGCCAAGUUCCAGACACAAAUUACAUUUUCAUGGGAGACUUUGUAGACAGAGGAUAUUAUAGUUUGGAGACAUUUACACAUCUGCUAGCUUUAAAAGCAAAGUGGCCGGAUCGUAUCACACUUCUACGUGGAAACCAUGAGAGCAGACAAAUAACCCAAGUGUAUGGCUUUUAUGAUGAGUGCCAAACAAAAUAUGGAAAUGCAAAUGCCUGGCGGUACUGCACAAAAGUGUUUGACAUGCUGACUGUGGCGGCUUUGAUAGAUGAGCAGGUCCUGUGUGUCCAUGGUGGUCUUUCACCAGACAUCAAGACUUUGGACCAGAUCCGGACCAUUGAGCGCAACCAGGAGAUUCCCCACAAGGGGGCCUUCUGUGACCUCGUGUGGUCAGAUCCAGAGGAUGUGGACACCUGGGCUAUCAGUCCACGAGGUGCAGGCUGGCUUUUUGGCUCCAAGGUCACUAAUGAGUUUGUGCACAUCAACAACCUGAAGCUCAUCUGCCGCGCACAUCAGCUGGUUCAUGAAGGCUACAAGUUCAUGUUUGACGAGAAGCUGGUGACCGUGUGGUCGGCGCCCAACUACUGCUACCGUUGCGGAAACAUCGCCUCCAUCAUGGUCUUCAAGGACGUCAACAGACGGGAGCCCAAGCUGUUCCGCGCCGUCCCAGACUCCGAGCGCGUCAUACCUCCCAGAACAACCACCCCCUACUUCCUCUAAUGACAGAAGCUAGUUAUCUCUCACCAUCCUUUUUGGAGAGCUCAACUGUCAAACUUAGAAAUAUAUUUAAUAAAAUUCAUGGAAGGAGCAUCCGUUUCAGGUCCACAGCAUCUCUAGCAAAGGGUUUCUUCCAAGGCUACAGUCUGUUUGUUCACUUUGUUCUGUCACAAAGGAAAAAACACCCUCCUCUACCACCAAUGAGAAAUUCAUACUUUUUAAAUGUAUUCAUAUUUUAAUAAUCAGAACAUUUUUAAUGGUUUAAUUUUGAUGUUAUGUAUCCCAUUGAAACAAAAUACCAUUAAGCUGGUGGUAACUGCCAAUAAUACGUGUUCAAAUAAAGUUAUAUAUAUAUUUUAUUUAUCAUUGUAUCAGUUAAAUGUCAUGGUUGCCUUUUGAUAGACCGGACUACUUUUCUUCUUGUAGGAUGUCAGUUUCUGGAAUCAGAAAAUAAACUUUGCUCCUGUUCUAACACGGACUAUAAACAGCUGCUGAGCCACCAGCCCUACAGCAUUCUGCCUUAAGUGUGGGUUUCUUUUUUUAAGCAUCAUUUAUAAAUUUGUUCUUAAGUAUCUGUUACUACUACACAAUUUUUAUGAUAGUGUGAUAAGUUGCUGCUGCAACAGUGACUUUUAUAAGCAAUAUUUAAAUUUAAAACAAAAUUUACAGUGCAUUACCUUGAAUAGCUCAGCUCAGUGGUUGUAUUUGUAGCAGACUGGUUCUAUUUGACAUUGUUCCCCUGUUUUGUAAUUUCAAUAAAACAUUAUUCAUUAA